UUUUAUUAGAAAUCUUCUGAAGACGAUUGCAGCGGUGGGGCGUUCAGGGGGACUCAGACACUUUGUUUCUACAGUCACUACCAUGAAUCUGGUGAUGAUUUAAUCUACAAACCGACACCUAUAGUUGAUAAGUGAUUUGUUCGAUUAAGAAUAAAAAAAAUCUUCGUCAUAUUUGCCGAUGGGGACGGCUGUUUUUACUUUCGGAUGGCGCUUUUCCCAGUAGCCCUGAAGGCCUCACCAGAGCCUGAUCCAUUGAUCGCGGAUCCAGGCGCCGGUCGGACUCCUCGCCGUUUCCACGCCUCCCACUUUCACCCCCAUUGUGGUGAAUCUCCGGCUCUCACACACACUUUGCCAGACUUCCAGGAGUUGGAGCAACUGAUCGAAGAGGGAACACCGACAAGGUUUUUUUUUUUUUUCUCCUUUGAAAAAAAGAAAAAGAAAACCCCAUAUAUCCUCUUCCCCCCGCAUGGAUCUGCUUUCUUCUCCGGAGGGAUUUCAAGGAGCUGCGAUGGUUUGCGUUGCUGGAAAUUCUGGAGACUCGUACCAGAGAGAAAGGGCACUCGUCCUCUACGCUGAAAAGUUGUAAAAAGUAGUUUCCCCUUGAAGUUUUUUUUCCCCUUGUUGUUUUCUUUUCCCCCCCCCGUCACCAGCUUCAGACUCGGGUGUUCCUCCAGCCCCCCAACCGGCCAUCAUGGCGAGGCGGACGGCGGACGAACCUCUGCUUUUCACGCCGAAUACGCGCGCCGCUUUCCGGGAUAAACACCUUCGCUUUGGCGGGGGCUUGUUGGCUUUUUCGUGGAGCUUCGUGUUCAUGUGCUCGGCUCUCUCUUGUGGAUAUUGCGGAGCCGAGACGGAGUUUUCCAUCCUGGAAGAGGCGCAAGUUUUGGCCGAGCAGAUGAAAAAGCUGUCCUCUCGGGAGCUGGGAGUCUUCACUAUGCAGAGGAUUUUCAACUCGUUUGUGUACACCGAGAAGACAUCAAACGGGGAGACAGAAGUGCAGCAGUUGGCAAAGAAGAUCCGGGAGAAGUUCAACCGCUACCUGGAUGUGGUGAACAGGAACAAACAGGUGGUGGAGGCGUCGUACACCGCUCACCUCACCUCGCCGCUCACCGCAAUCCAGGACUGCUGCUCCAUACCGGCGUCUAUGAUGGAGUUUGAUGGGAACUUCAAUACCAACGUCUCCAAGACCAUCUGCUGUGACAGACUUUCCCCCACCGUCAACAGCCGAGCUUUCAACCCCGGACGAGACCUCAACUCAGUGUUGGCCGACAACCUGAAGUCCAAUCCCGGGAUAAAGUGGCAGUACUUCAGCUCAGAGGAGGGCAUCUUCACCGUCUUCCCUGCCCACAAGUUCCACUGUAAAGGAAACUACGAGCACCGUAGCAGGCCUGUGUACGUCUCAGCAGUGCGUCCACAGUCGAAACACAUUGUGGUGAUGGUUGACCACGGAGCGUCUGUAACGGACACACAGCUUCAGAUCGCCAGGGACUCUGCACUGGUCAUCCUCAAUGCCAUAGAUGAACAUGACAAGAUCUCCAUCCUGUCCGUGGCAGAGACAGUUCGCUCCUGCUCUCUAGACCAGUGCUACAAGAGUCUACUGUCUCCGGCCACCAGCGAGACCAAGAGGAAGAUGACCACCUUCAUCUCCAACAUCAAGGCCUCUGAUGGAGCCACACAGCACGCGGCGGGCUUCCAGAAGGCCUUCCAACUGCUGCGAAACACCAGCAGCCUCAGCAGACAGAGCACGACCACAGACAUGGUGAUCAUCUACCUGUCAUCCGGUAUCACGUCUCGAGAGUCAUCAGAGCAGGAGAAGAGAGCCACGCUCAGUGUGGUCAGAGAGGAGAACCGACACCUCAACAACUCGGUCAUGAUCCUCACCUACGCUCUCAUGAAUGAGGGAGUUACAGGCCUGAAGGAGCUGGCCUUCCUGAGGGACCUUGCGGAGCAGAACUCAGUGAAGUACGGCGUCGACCGAAUGUCCGACCGAGACCGAUCGUCAGCGGCGUCCUCAUCUGGAUCAGCAGGAGUUUCCAUGAUGCCGGUGGUGAAGGGCAGCAUGAUGGUGCUGAACCAGCUGAGCAACCUGGAGACGACAGUGGGACGCUUUUACAUCAACCUGCCCAAUCGAAUGAUCGACCUGGCACGCUUCAGCCUGCCCUACUCUGACCCCAUGGGAGACGGGUUCAUUAUGACCGUGAGCCGGCCGUGUUACUUUGGUAACCUUCUCCUGGGCGUGGUCGGCGUGGAUGUGAACUUGGCCUACAUCUUGGAGGACGUCACCUACUACCAAGACUCUCUGGCUUCCUACACCUUCCUCAUCGACAACAAAGGUUACACCCUGAUGCACCCGUCCCUAACGCGGCCCUACCUCAUGACAGAGCCUCCCCUGCACACAGAUAUCAUCCACUAUGAGAAUAUCCCAGGAUUCCCUGCUGUCCGACAGAACAUCCUCAGCCUCCCUUUAGGAAGUCAGGUCAUCGCUGUGCCAGUUAACUCCUCUCUGUCCUGGCACACCAACCGGCUCAGGGACAACAGCAAAGAUGCAUACAAUGUCAGCUAUGCCUGGAAACUGGUUCAAGACACGUCUUUCAUCCUGUGCAUCGUUUACGUGCAGCCAGAGAUUCCAGUGAAGCAGCUGAAGAACCUGAACACGGCUCCCAGCUCCAAGCUGCUGUACCAUCGUCUAGACCUGCUGGGUCAGCCCAGCUCCUGCCUGCACUUCAAACAGCUCGCCACCGUCGAGUCCCCCACUGUGAUGUUGGCAGCUGGUAGUUUCUCUUCUCCCUAUGAGCACCUCAGUCAGCCAGAAACAAAGCGUAUGGUGGAACACUACACUGCCUACCUGAGUGAUAACACCAGGCUCAUAGCCAACCCAGGCCUCAAGUCCUCUGUCAGGAACGAGGUUAUGGCAACCAGUCAUGUCACGGAUGAGUGGAUGACACUAAUGGAAAUGAGUAGCCUCAACUGCUACAUUGUGCGCCGUUACAUAGCAACGCCCAGUGGGGUGCUCCGGAUUUACCCAGGAUCACUGAUGGACAAAGCCUUCGACCCGACCCGCAGACAAUGGUACCAGCAUGCUGUGGCUAACCCGGGCCUCAUCACCUUCACGGGUCCAUACCUGGAUGUGGGCGGGGCGGGCUACGUUGUCACCAUCAGCCACACCAUCCAUGCCUCCAGCUCUCAGAUGGCCCCUGGAUAUGCUGUUGCAGUGAUGGGUAUCGACUUCACGCUUCGCUACUUCUAUAAGGUCCUAUUGGACCUGCUGCCCAUCUGCAACCAGGACAAAGGCAACAAGAUCAGGUGCUUCAUAAUGGAGGACAGAGGCUACCUGGUCGCUCACCCGACUCUGAUUGACCCCAAAGGUCAUGCCCCUGCAGAGCAGCAGCACAUCACACACAAGGAGCCACUCGUGGCCAAUGACAUCCUGAACCACCCCAACUUUGUGAAGAAAAACCUUUGCAACAGCUUCAGUGACCGCACGGUGCAGCGCUUCUACAAGUUCAACACCAGCAUAGUGGGCGAUCUCACCAACCUGGUCCAUGGCAGCCACUGUUCCAAAUACCGCCUGACCAGAAUCCCUGGCACCAACGCCUUUGCCGGUAUCGUCAAUGAGACGUGUGAUUCUCUGGCGUUCUGCGCCUGCAGCACGGUGGACCGGCUCUGCCUCAACUGCCACAGAAUGGAGCAGAAUGAGUGCGAGUGUCCAUGUGAGUGCCCUCUGGAGGUCAAUGAGUGCACAGGAAACCUCACCAAUGCUGAGAACAGGAACCCCAGCUGUGAGGUGCAUCAAGAGCCAGUCAGCCUGAAUGUGAUUGAUCCCAGUUUGCACGACACCCUGCCCCAGUGUAUCAACACCCGCUGCAGCCAGAGAUACACCAGCAGCGACUGUUUCGGCGUGCUGGACUGCGAGUGGUGCAUGGUGGACAGCGAUGGUAAGACUCACCUCGACAAGCCGUACUGCGCCCUGCAGAAGGAGUGUUUUGGGGGCAUCGUGGGUGCCAAGAGUCCCUACGCCGAUGGCCUGGGACUUCUAGAUGAGGAGGUGGCGUCUUUGAACAUGAUCAAGAGCGCCCCUGUGGGUCCGGUUGCUGGGGGCAUUAUGGGAUGCAUCAUGGUGCUGGUCCUGGCUGUCUAUGCAUACAGACAUCAGAUCCACAGGCGCUCACACCAGCACAUGUCACCGCUGGCUGCACAGGAAAUGUCAGUGAGAAUGUCCAACCUUGAUAACGAAAGAGACGAGAGGGAUGAAGACAGCCAUGAAGACAGAGGAAUCAUCAGUAACACCAGAUUCAUAGCGGCGGUGAUCGAGAGACACACUCACACUCCUGAGCGGAGACGGAGGUACUGGGGUCGAUCUGGGACGGAGAGUGACCACGGCUACAGCACCAUGAGUCCGCAGGAGGACAGCGAGAAUCCGCCCGGAAACAACGACCCGCUCUCGGCCGGCGUGGACGUCGGCAACCACGACGACGACCUGGACCUGGACACGCCCCCCCAGACGGCCGCGUUGCUCAGCCACAAGUUCCACCCCUACCGGCACACGCACACGCACCACCACCCGCUGCACACGCACACGCACCACCUGCAGGCGGCGGUGACGGUGCACAGCGUGGACGCAGAGUGCUGAUCCGCCCUCCUGCCAGCGAUGGAACUGUUUUUAUAUUAAAGACUAUUUUUAAAAAAAACAUUUGUGCUCAGUUAGAGAGCACGCAGUGGGUACCGUCUGGAUAGAUGGAUGGAUGGAUGGAGGGAGACGCCACAGCUUGGACCCCGCGGUCUCGGCCGCCGGGACUUUUGCCCUGAUUGGAUGAUGCAUCAUGGUCUCACUGUGCCAACAUCUCAAUCUCAGCCCCUCUUUUAAUUCAACCCAAUUUAAAGUCUGGCAGGUGUACACAGUUUUAUACAUGUUGAAAAUCACCAGACCAGGGCCAGUAAAUAUAUUCAUUUUUUUCUGAAGGGAUUUAGCAUUCAGGACUCAAAGGGAGAGCACAUAACAGCCUUCAGGAGCAAACAAAACACUGUUCGAGGCCAUUUAUUGGCCUUUAUUGAGGACAGGACACAAGUGGGACCUAAAAGCCCUGAGGGAGGACAAAGUUCUUCAUUUUUCAUCAUUCUUCAGGUCCAGUGGAUAAUUACAUUAAAUGUGGAGGCUAACGCGGACCCCUCUCGACCAGCACUCCAUCUGAAACUCACUUGUAUUGAGGGCCAGGAGGGGGACGGAGCGCUCCUUACAUUUGUGACAACUGUUGGACAUUUCUGGAAGAGUGAAUAUACUGUAUUUUCAACAAAGAAGUGGAUCUAGUGGGAUUCUAACACGGCUUUUGUUUCAACAUUGCUCUCCUUGGUUCAGCAGAUAGAAGCUCCAGAGUUGGUUUUCUCUCGUAGUUGCUGCCUUCGGCCAAAGGAGCGACUGCUGGUCUCACAUAACGAGGCGGGGGAAGAUAUCUGGACAGUUUCCUGAAUGUUUGUGAACUUCAAAGUAAGGGGGGGGGGGGCUUCAAUGAUUCACGAAAAAUACAAAAAGAAACAUUUUAAAGAGGAAAAUAUUAUUUUUCUACUAUUUAUUAAAGAGGUAGAUUUUCAAGACAGAUCAGAAAGCAGCUGCCGCUAACACAAACAGCGGUGAGGAGUCGUACCGGCCCACUUCCUGCAACCAACGCAUCAUAUCGGGGCUCAUUAUUUUCAAGUUUUAUUUUCCAACAACGUCUGUGAAUUGUUGUUUAUUUUGAAUUUUAGGAGCAUCAGUGACACAACGGACUACGUGACUUUUCUUUUCCGUGUUUUUUUCCCUCAGACUGAGGGACUUUGGUGCAUAAUCAGCAGCUCAUUUGCAUUUACUUUCAAAUUUUGUUUGUGCUUUCUAUCACCAGGAACCUAGCUGUCCUCUGUUUCAGAGGAUUCCAUUUACUACUGUAUAAACCCAGUGGUCAGUUCAUUAGCUAAAUCUGUACAAUCACUGCGAUCUAAUACAGCAGUCCGGCCAUAAAGUCUACGUUUAUGAUGCCCAUAACUUCCAGGUUCUUGACACUGCCACAGACGUGUUCAUCUAAUUACGUGGUUCAGCACUGAAGCUACAGUUACAUCCAGCCUUUAUGUAUAUAAUAGGACAGACAAAGAGUUAGCAACGUCUUUCAGUACAAUGUAGAACAGCACAACAUUAAAUAAGUUUCAUGUUAUACGCUUUGGACAGUUACACUCAUUUUAAAGGUGGAUGUCAUGGCGGGGCUGUUGUCGAUUACAUGAUGUUGUACAGAUACUCCUGAUAAAGUGGCCACUGAAUGUAUAGUCUGGUAAGCAGUACCUUUUUUAAGAAAGAGGCUUUUUUGUUUUUUAAAGAGUAGUGAUCUAAAAUCUGCGACGAAAUCAGCUCUGCUCCUCUCAAAAGUUAAUUCAGGUAUUUCUCGUUGAAUAUCUGGAAAGACUGAGAACAACAAGCCUUAAUCACAUCCUUUUCAGAGCGGUUAGGAGGAGAUGAUCUUCACAUUAGUCUGUUUGUCACCGAGGUCAUCACGUGAGCUCAAUCUUGCUGUGGCGAGCGGGUCAGAAACAUCCUUAAACGUGUCCUUGCAUAUCAGGAGGCGGAACUUCAGCCCUUCUUCAGCCUCCUGGGGACGGACGAGGAAAGACAGACACCAGCAAAACAUUCCUGGCUUUAGUCACUGCUGGGGAUUUGGUGUGAGGAUAAUUGGGGACCAGCAUAAAGGUCCUGAGAGAUUCACAGACACUGAGUGCUGUCCUCUUGAUCUGCCUGAGUAGAAAAGAAAAAAACCAGUGCAGAUUCUUAUCGGUUUCACCCUGUUUUACCGCAGCCUUUCGCCUCCGAGGCCAAGCUGAGAUACUGUACGUGUGAUGAGGCUGGAUCUUGUACGAAGCAAGUUGCAUUUGGAGUCUCCUCCUCGUCAAAGAGAGUGAAAGAGGUCGAGAUGCUGCUGUUGUUGUGCAGAGGUUACACACAUCUGUCGGCUCCUCUGUGGUUAACCACUCAUAAUGUAUUUUAUAACGUGUGUGUGUCUUGAGAGAGAGAGUGAGUGUGUGCGUGAUGAAAGUAGGACUAUCCACCUGUAACAUUUUCAUUGAAUGCAUUAUUUUUCAAAGUAAUAUUAGAGAAAUAUAGGUGAAAUUAUUAUGAUUGAGAAAUCCACUUAUUUUUAUUCUGAUGAAGAGUCACUUGACCUGAUCUGUGCUUCGUGAGUUUGAUUGUUCAACUGGUCAAAUCACAUCAGUGUGGCAUCCAUGUUUUUGUUUUUUUGUUUUUUUUCCUGGGUGCCAAAAUGUCUAUCGUUCUUCAGAGGUUCAUAAUGAAGUGUAAAUACUGAAUCACAAAUAGCUAUUAUGUCCUGUACACUCCAUUUGUUUUUUAUGUUGAUAAGAUAUGAUGUAUGCUUCAAAUGAUGCUCAGAUAUUCGGGUUGAUAUUGAAUUGUCUGUUCAUGGCGUCUCGCUAUAUUUUUUGAUGCCUUGGAUGUUUUGUUUUUUUUAGGUUUAUUUGUCUUUAGGUCCAUAUUGGAUGGAAGUCAGUACUUGGAAAAAUUAAUACACACUUUUAUGUUUGAGAGACUCCGAGUUUUUAAAAAGUUUUAUUGUGCGUCUUCAAAAUAUUAAAGAAAGCUCCCGUUUUAGAUUUGCAGGAUAACCGCGCUACACCUUCUCGCUGAGUAAUGACCAAAACAACAGCCUUAUAGUGGAUUCAGGUUUACAUCUGUAAGCCGCGCAGUGGUUCUGUCGCUACUUAAGACUGUCAGCCAUUUUCAUUUACAGUCAUCUUAGUGUGUUUGAUACUUUACAAGAAUAUUUACGUUUGCACAUUAACUGUGAGCUCAUUAAACUCCCAUCUGACAGCUCCGAUAGAGCCGAGACAUUAAAACAUGCCGGGGUUUGUGUUCGUUCACGAUCCUCAAAGUACUUCUCUUACUAAAUGCAGUAGGUUGAAUAUUUCACUAAAAACAUUAACCAUCAACACUUAUCACACCACUUUCAUAAACCAGAUUUAUUCACCUGCAGUGAUUCAUAUCAAAAUCAUAAAAUCGUCUCGUUGUCACUACUUUACAUGGUACGUAAUUUCACUUCAGUUUGACAUUGAAGCAGUCUUGUAGCAUUUCAGAGCAAUUUUUCGAUCAAAUGCAGUCUGUAUGUCUGUCUGUCUGUCCGUGUGUGUGUGUGUGUGUGCGUGUGUGUGUGUUGGGGAAGUUUUUUUUUUUUUUUUUCUCCUCCAAACUGAGUUGAACAUUAAAGAGUCUGUUUUUUUGGGGGUUUUUUUCCUGGAGAGCUUUUAAACAGUAUUUACCAGCUGUUGUAAACAAGUAUAUAUGUGUGUAUACAGAACACAAUGAAUUGCAAUUAAUGUACUGAAGGAACAUGUGUACGUCAUCCCCCCCAUGUAUCAUAUAAAGUUAUCAAAUUGAGAUUUAUUGCAAUGUGAAUGUGAUAAAGUCCAUUUUACACUUAA